AUGGGGUCGAUCGAUGUAGAGCCACGCUUCCGGCGGCUACAGCAAUUCGACUCGACGUUUUCACCAAACACCAUCACGCAGUAUGAGUCCGAACGAACUGGCAUGCGCAUCGUUGUAGUCGAUCAAGUUGGACCCAAAGUCUACGGCUACUUCGUCCUGGCUACGGAAAUUCAUGACGAUAGCGGUGCACCUCACACUCUCGAACAUUUAUGCUACAUGGGCUCAAGAAGCUACAAGUACAAAGGCUUCCUGGACAAGCUCGGGACGAGAGCUUACUCCAACAUAAACGCGUGGACAGCGACCGACCACACCGCUUACACCCUCGAGUCGGCAGGAUGGGCUGGCUUUGCGCAGAUUCUGCCAGUGUAUCUUGAUCAUCUGGUGGUCCCACUUCUGACUGAUGCUGGCUGCGUGACGGAGGUCUACCACAUCGACGGCGAAGGCAACGACGCCGGAGUUGUCUAUUCGGAGAUGCAAGGUGUCCAAAACACGCCCUCAGAAUUGGUCGAGCUUCGAGGAAAGCGUCUGAUAUAUCCAAAAGAGGUCGGCUUCCGCUACGAGACGGGAGGCAUGAUGGAGCAACUACGAGUAUUGACACCAGAACGAAUACGUGAAUUCCACAGGGACAUGUAUCAGCCUAAGAACAUGUGCUUGGUCAUGUACGGUGAAGUCGACCAUAAAGAGAUGUUGAAGAUCCUAGAUGACUUCGAGUCGACAAUCAUGGACGAUAUUCCUGCACCAGACAAGCCGUUCAAGCGCCCCUGGAUUGAUUCAAAACAGGCUGUCACACUUACAGAAUCCGUCAUUGAAGAAGUUGAGUUCCCGGAGGAGGACGAGGAGUUUGGUCAAGUCGAUAUCCGCUAUCUCGGUCCGGAUACCGCGGACGUUGUUCAAUCGGCUGCCCUGUCGGUCGUGCUUCAAUACCUCUGCGGAUCUCCUGCAGCCGUCCUGGACAAUAAUUUGGUUGAAAGAGAGCAGUGGGCUAGUAGUGUCUUCUUCACACUGGAAAACCGACCAAAGACAGAGAUCGCUUUCAGCAUGUCCGGAGUCGAGACUGCGAAGCUUGCCGACGCUGAGAAGCGGUUCCACACGGUCUUGGAAGAAGCAAUGGCUGCGCCUUUAGACAUGCCUUUCAUGACAGAUUGCAUCGAGCGACAAGUGCGGUCAUCGAAGUACACAACAGAGUCACAGACAGCUGCCCUCUCGGACAGUAUCAUCGCGGACUACUUAUUCGGCAGACGUGAUGGCUCGACUCUUGAGCACCUAGGGUCCCUGACUCAGUACACGCAUACUCUGACGAAGUGGACCGAGCAGGAUUGGAAGGAAUUCAUCACCAAGUACUUUGUCAAGGCGCACUAUGUCUCACUCCUGGGAAAGCCCUCUGCGAAGAUGUCAAAGAGAAUCACUGAGGAUGACAAAGCUCGUGUUGAGAAGCGGAAAGAAGAGCUAGGACCCGAUGGUCUCAAGAAGAUGGCGGAGAAGCUCGAGCAAGCCAAGAAAGAGAACGACAAAGAGAUUCCAAAGGAGCUCCUCGCGAGCUUCAAAGUGCCACCCACCGAAUCAAUACACUUUGUUGAAACAAGCUCUGCACGAGUCGGUCCAGCGCUUGAGGCGGGAAAGCCAAACAACAGAUACCAGAAGCUGGUCGAGGCAGAUGGCGGCGACAAGUGUCCGCUGUUCAUCAACUUCGAGCAUAUCCCGUCCAACUUCGUACGCCUACAUCUUCUGAUCUCAACGGAAACGUUAGCCAUUGAACUUCGCCCACUCCUUGCAAUCUUCAUGGAAGCGUUCACCAACCUCCCCGUCGAUCGCAAUGGCACCACCAUACCAUUCGAUCAGAUCGUCGUCGAGCUCGAGCGCGACACUGUUGGCUACUCGAUGAAUUCUGCUAGUGCUCUCGGCAACAUUGAGUGCAUUCGCGUCACUCUGCAAGUCGAGAUCGAGAAAUACAGCACCGCCAUCAACUGGGUUCAAGAGCUGCUCUGGCACUCCAUAUUCGAUGUCUCGCGUCUCAAGUCAAUCGUCUCUCGCCUACUAGCCGACAUCCCGGAUUCCAAGCGCGACGGCAAUGACAUGAUGACCGCUGUGCACAACAUGACGCACCUGUCCUCCAAAUCCAUCAGCCGGGCGCGCUCAACGCUCGUGCAAGCUCUCUACCUCAAACGCAUCAAACAUCUUCUAGACAGCGAUCCCGAUCGAGUUGUACAUCUCUUGCAGUCCCUACGCACCCACUUCAUCACUUUCGCCAACCUUCGCUUCGUCAUCGUUAGCGACCUCGACCGCCUUCCCAACCCGGUGUCCUCCUUUCAGACACUUCUCUCCGCUUUGGACGAGCCCUCUCCCCUCGCUCCGCUGGGUAGUCGCCUCACCCGCCUCUCCGACGCCGGCACGCAUCCAGGCAGCUUAGCUUACGUCGUGCCUAUUCCUGCUAUCGAUUCUUCCUUUCUCUUCGCCUGCACUCGCGGUAUAUCUGGCUGGACAGACCCGCGUCUCCCCGCUCUUAUGGUCGCGCAAGCGUACCUUAACGCCGUCGAGGGCCCACUAUGGGUUGCCGUUCGAGGUAUUGGUCUGGCGUACGGCGUCAACACCAACUACGACCUCGAAGGCGGCUUUGUGAGCUUAGAAGUCUAUCGCUCGCCGGAUGCAUUCAAAGCUUUUGACGCAGCGCGAAAGGUUGUAUUGGGCCUGGCGGAUGGCAGUGCGGCAUUCGACGAGUUGAUGCUGGAGGGCGCAGUGAGUUCGAUUGUGAUGGAGAUGGCAAAUGAGCAGGCAACGCUAGGGAUGGCAGCCUUGAGCGGAUUCGUGAAGGAAGUGAUAAGGGGACUGGGCAAGAGUUGGGAUGGCGAAAUACUUAGGAAGGUCAAGAAGGUGACCGAGGAAGAAGUGAGGACGUGUUUGAGAGAGAUGGUUAUGCCAGUGUUCGAGGCUGGCAAGGCGGAUGUGGUUGUUACUUGUAGUACGCCCGGUGUUGAGAACAUCAAGGCCGGAUUAGAGUCGAAGGGCUUCAAACCGGAAGUGCAUGAUCUCGCGUGGUUCCAGGACGACUAUGGGCUGAAGUUCUUCAUACAGAACAAAAGUGUAGGCGACAAAGAGUCGUCAGAAGACUGGCGAAUCAAGGGCUACAAUCCUCUCACCCCACCAGAUCUCCUUCAACAUGAAAUCCCACAGAGCGAACAAUCGAAAGCCACCGUACUCUCGGGCCGCAACGAGGGCGUUUCAAUUGUCCAAAACACCGAUCCUCAGCAUCGGCUCCUCGUCAUCAUCGGUCCCUGCUCGAUACACGACCCUGUGUCUGCACUCGACUAUUGCGAUCGGCUGCUCAAGCUGAAAGAACUGCACAAGAAUGAGCUGUUAAUUGUGAUGCGAUCCUACCUUGAGAAGCCGCGGACUACGGUUGGGUGGAAGGGCCUGAUCAAUGACCCAGAAAUCGACGGAAGUUUCCUCAUAAACAAGGGAUUGCGCAUUUCCCGCCAGCUCUUUGUUGACCUGACUUCGCGGGGUAUGCCAAUUGCGAGCGAGAUGCUGGACACGAUCUCUCCUCAGUUCCUAGCAGAUCUGCUAUCAAUCGGCGCGAUUGGUGCUAGAACCACCGAGUCACAGCUUCACCGCGAACUGGCAUCCGGUCUGUCCUUCCCAGUCGGCUUCAAGAAUGGUACAGAUGGCAGUCUAGGUGUGGCGAUUGAUGCCAUUGGCGCGGUCAAGCAUCCACAUCACUUUCUCUCCGUCACGAAGCCCGGCGUCGUCGCUAUUGUCGGCACGGUAGGCAAUGAGGACUGUUUCGUUAUUCUUCGCGGCGGAACAUCUGGUACGAACUACGAUGCAAAAUCGAUAAAGUCAGCCAAGGAGAAGUUGAGGGCCAAAGGCCUGUCAGAUCGGCUCAUGGUUGACUGCAGCCAUGGAAACAGUCUCAAAGAUCACAGAAAUCAGCCAAAAGUGGUGGCAGAUCUGGCAGGACAGAUCAGGAAUGGCGAAGAGGCAAUUAUGGGUGUCAUGAUUGAGAGCCACAUUAACGAAGGUGCACAAAAAGUACCUGCUGAGGGCAAAGCGGGUCUGAAGUAUGGCGUUAGCAUCACAGAUGCAUGCAUUGGGUGGGAAGAUACCGAGAAGGUUCUGCAAGAACUUGCUGAGGCGGUCAAGGCGAGACGAGAAAAGAUUGGAUCGAAGACCAAUGGCGUCAAUGGACAUAGUUGA